GAUGGCCGGACGUAACAACGCUGUUCGGCAUACAAAAGGCUCAUAAAAUCCGUGUUCUCCGUGGGGCGCUUGAGUAAGGCGGACGCGUUUCUGGUACCACAUCGUGCCGCAAAUUUGUCACCCACUAUCACGAUACUGUCACCUUGACCUUGACGCGGGAACCCAAACAGUGUCCAUCCCCACUAUACAAUCAAUUCCAGAUUUAUUGGCGUCAUAUCGUUGUACAAUGGAUUUCAACUUUGAUACCCCCUCCAGCACUCCCAGUCUUCUGUUUUCCGACUUCACUGCCAACCUACCACCCUCUACGAACAAGUCUGCAGCAGUAGACGUGUCCAAAUUUCACUUGGAUGGCUUCAGUGACUUCAAUCUCGACCUAUCGGUUCUCUCCAGGCCCGUGUCCCCCGCAUCCUCUCCAUCUCUUCAUGCUUCUACAUCCUCUGGACAAGAUCUACCAGCCUCUCGCAGUCCGUCUCCUUCGACUACAUCCCAUCCAGUGCCAAGCGAUUCAGAAUCGAACAAUCUUUUAAGGAGAGUGGCGUCGGGCAGGCUGUCGCCCGCAGCAGUGACGUCGGUCAUCCGUGGCUCAUGGCCCAUGAUUUCUCGCAUGACAAUCGGUCGUGGUACACCUUCCGAUCCUACCAGGAAAUCUGAAUGGGCAGGAAUCAGUUACGACGAAGACGGCAGGCUCACGAACAACAACCGGUCAACUUCUACGGAUUUGCCAGUACGGCGGUCGCUAUCCGACUCUGACUACUAUCUACCUACCUCCCCUCAGCCUUUCGUCCUUCCAGAAUCCUCCAAGAUCCAGCUUGAUGGCCUUGGCGCCGUAUCUGACCAUGCGGAGUGGGACUCACUCAUGCAAACGGUUCUCGGCCACGGUCCAGAGACACCCUCUACCUCCACUACCUCCGCACCCGCCACCCCUGCCCCGGCGACACCCAAACCCCAACAACAAUCGUCCCUCUCUCCUCUCCCUCUCGCCGACAUUGCUCUCGACCCGGAAACGCUAGAAAUAGACCUCGGUCUAGAAAAGGCCUUGGACCUAGGAUUUGGUCUCGAGAAGAGAAAUAAGGAUGGUACGGGACGAGUUUACUCGACCGCAUCGCGGCUGCCUACGUCGUCGCGUCCGGUGUCUGUCGUCGACUCACAGACCAAUAACCUUUCUCGGCACGAGCAGGAGAGCCAGGAGGAGACAAAGGUUCCUGAGAAAGCCGAGCCGGAACCGGAAGCGAAAUCUUCACCGUCCAAGGCCUCGUCCGCCCUUGUGCAGUCGGGUCCCAAUACGCACUCACCCUGGUGGAAGAAGAUAUUGGGCAAGCUGCAGAAACUUUUCAGACCGAAGCAAAAUUGAUUCUCUUUUUCGUCUCUUUCUUCAUCUCGUUGCGCGUAAAAAUGGAUUUAUACCCCCGCGUUUCUUGGCUUUUUUACCCCGUCUCUAGUAUAUUUUUUUAUCUCCUUC